AUGUUCAGACGUGCUUUUUGCACCGGGCAGCGUGCCUUGCAACAGGCCUCGAAAUCGCCCUCGUCUAUCUCGCAUCCCGACUCUGAGUUUCUUGCCAAAUACUAUCCCAAAGAGAUCGUCAAAUCCAUACAGUUUGCUCAAUCUGUUAUCCCACCUAGCACCAGAUUUCAGGUUUCAGAUAACGUCGAGUUUGCUCCUGCGUACUUGGACGAUUUCUCCAAAAUUGAUUCCUACUGGGAUUACAAACCAGGCACGCCGCACCUGCAUUCGUUCGACGCUUCCACGCAAUAUACGUUCGACCAAAUAAGCCAGCCGCUGCCCAAUGGAAGAGUCAUAGCUCCAGGCGCUUCGCUUCCUCGUCCUGAUGGCUCCAGAAACUCCGCCACGGCUGACAUCGCCCGUGGACUUCAACGGCAAACCGGCAUCAACCCAGACUAUGUGACUCGCAAACUAACAAUGCGCCCACUGGUCAUGAAGCGGGUCUCGAAUCAAACUGGUAAGGGUAAGAUCCCAAGUUUCUACGCUCUUGUCGUGGUGGGAGACAAAAACGGAAUGGUUGGUUUGGGAGAGGGCAAAUCAAGAGACGAAAUGUCAAAAGCGGUUUCUAAGGCCCACUGGGACGCAGUCCGUAAUCUUAAGGAAAUUCCUCGUUACGAAAACAGAACCAUCUACGGAGAUAUCGAUCACCGCUACCACGGUGUAAAGCUGUUUCUCAGAUCUGUCAAGCCGGGGUUCGGAUUGCGAGUAAACCACAUCAUUUUCGAAAUCUGUGAAUGCGCCGGUAUCAAGGAUUUGAGCGGAAAAGUCUACAAAAGUAGAAAUGAGAUGAAUAUAGCAAAGGGCACGAUUGAAGCUCUCACAGAGUCCCAAAAGACGCUGGACGAAAUCGCAUUGGGGAGAGGUAAAAAAGUUGUUGAUGUCAGAAAGGUGUACUAUUCAAGCUGA